CCAAAGCGUGCUUUCAGUCUUCCUUUUCCUUAUCUCACAGAAUAAACGAUGCUUGUUUAUGAACUUGAAGAGCCAUGCGUUAUAUCGCUGUCAUCUUUUGCUGUCUGUGUGACUGGGGAAGCUUUACUGAGAUCCCUUCAAUGAGUCAUGUUGAGCGGUAUGAUGUAGUGAGACCUCAGCGACUCGGUGAGAACCACAAGGGCAUCAAUAAACAGACUUCGGAAUCAAACAAACAUGAAAAGUAUCCUAAGAAACUUCUAUAUCAGCUGUACUUUCAUGGAAAUAAUCAUACAGUACACUUGCAAAAAAACAGACUUCUCAUUGGACCUAAUUACACUGAAAUACGUUACAAAGCAGAUGGAUCAACUGUGAUCACAUCUCCAAAGCUUGAAGACCACUGUUAUUAUCACGGCCAUAUUGAUGGAAUGGAGGAUUCAUCAGUGAGUGUUGGAGUCUGCUCUGGCAUGAGAGGGUUUGUGAGGGCUGAAAAGCAGAUGUACCUGAUCGAGCCGCUGAGCGACAACACUGAAGGAGACCACGCCUUCUAUAAGCAGGAAUACCUCAGGAAGAAGAGGAGUGUUUAUGGAGACUCCAGUAGCGCAGUUUAUGAUAAGGAACCCAGAACAGCAGCCCUCUUCAAACGCAGUAGCUGGAAGAUGAAGCCGGUUUUUCAGACCCAGAGAUACGUGGAGCUGUUUCUUGUGGUUGACAAUACUGAAUACAUAAAAUUCAAGUCAAAUGAUGAGACGGUACGGGCAAGGAUGUUGGAAGCCAUAAAUCAUGUUGAUAAGUUCUAUCGUCCAUACAAUAUCCGUGUGCUGCUGGUGGGUUUGGAGGUGUGGAAUGUGAAAGAUCAGAUCCUGGUGAGUGUGAGUGAUAAUGACUCUCUCACCAGAUUUAUUGAGUGGCGUCAGAAGGAAUUGCUCAGAAGAGUCAAGCAUGACAAUGCACAGUUUGUGACUGGUGCUGAUUUUUUGGGCAACACUGUAGGGUUGGCAAACAAAUUUGCGAUGUGUACAGAAGCCUCUGGAGGUGUUAAUCAGGAUCAUAGCACGAGUCCACUGGGCUUGGCUGCAACCAUUGCACAUGAGAUGGGCCACAACAUGGGUAUGUCCCAUGAUGUACAGGGCUGCACUUGUGGCCUUUCUGACUGCAUCAUGACUGAAGUUGUAAACUCAGCUGCUUCAGUCUUCCCAGAGCAGUUCAGUGAUUGCAGUUUGGAUCAGCUGAGUAUAUUUCUGGAGAAUAUAAACCCUAGCUGCCUGCUGGACCGCCCCAGCUCCGACAGGAUUUAUGGUGGACCCGUCUGUGGCAAUUCUUUCCUCGACCCUGGGGAGGAGUGUGACUGUGGGACAGUAGAAGAAUGUAACAACCCAUGCUGCAAUGCCAAAACCUGCAGUUUUACCGAAGGAUCUCAGUGUGCGCAGGGAGAGUGCUGUGAAAACUGUCAGAUAAAACAAGCUGGCAGUCUGUGUAGGGCCUCUGUGAAUGAGUGUGAUCUGGAUGAGUAUUGCACAGGAAUGUCUGAAAAGUGUCCAGAAGACAGCUUUAAAAUGAAUGGGAUACCUUGUAGUUCUGGAGACAGUUACUGCUACAAUGGUCAAUGUCCAACUCUUCUUCAGCAUUGCCAGAGACUGUGGGGAAAAGAUGCCAGAGUGGCUGAACGUGUGUGCUUUUUCAGGAAUACACUUGGGAAAAAUGAUUCCCAUUGUGGAAAGAGAAAAUAUGACUACAAACGCUGUGCAGAACAAGAUGUAUACUGUGGAAGUAUAUUUUGCACUGGGGGUAAGGAGCUUCCCAUUACCGGUUCUAAAGUUAAAUUGGUGACAGCGGCUGGAAAAGAAUGCAACAUGGUCAUGGAGAGAUCUAAGGAAGACAACCUAAGCAUGGUACCUACAGGAACAAAGUGUGGCCAGAACAAAGUCUGCUUUGACAACAUGUGCCAGGAUGUGAAAGUGUAUGGUGCGAGUGAAGACUGCUCACGGAAAUGUAGAGGACAUGGGGUUUGUAAUCAUCAAAAACAGUGUCACUGUGAUCCUGGAUGGGCUCCACCCUACUGCGAUGUCAAAUAUGCAGACCUGCCUUCUGCAAAAAAUACGACAAUCAUCAGCAUCUCAGUUGUCGCUGGAAUCCUAUUACUAUUGGCUGCAGGAUUUGGAAGUUGGAUUUAUUGUAAAAAGAGACGGGGCACUGGCUUGAGGCGUAAAAUAAAAUCUGACUCAGAGAAGUUGAAUCCUCUUUUCGAGAACCCCGGAGCAAAAGGAAUGCUUUUACAGGAUCGUUUUGAAAUCAGUGAGCCUAUAUUUAUAAGUUCGACUGUGACCCGACCCGGCGCCUCAUGCACAGUCACGCCAACACAGAAAGCUCCACAACCUCCUCUUCAAAAGUUGGACCCACAGCCACCUCACACAGCUCCAUCCAUUUCUUUACCCACACAGAUGAAGCCUCUGCCUCUUUCUAAGCCUUCAUAUCCUCCUGGUGUGAAACAGGUGAGCAGACCGGCUCGUCCUCCUGUGCCUCCAUUAAAGCCAACCGUACACUCUGAAUCCUGGAAAAAGCAAGAGACUGAAAGACAGGAAGUGAAAAUUGCACUGAGGCCUGUGACCAUUCCAAGGAGGUGACUAUGAAAGGACUCAUCAGAUUAUUAAUGGAUUUUCAGACCACUGGAUGUAUGUGUGACUAAUUUUUUACUGGAGACUGGUGACACAUCAAUACUGUGUCCAUCUGCAGUCGUGUUCUUCUUUUUGUGCUUGUCUUCCAAUGCACAGAGCAACUUUAUGGAGAAUUAUGCUUGACAUACAUUUGUUAAACUCAGUUGAACUUGGAUUUUUAUAUACAUGGAAAAUACACUUAUAAAAUUCCAUCCUCCAUGUUGUAAUUUGGAUUACUGUCUUUACAGCUUGGGUACCAAUUUCAAGACCAAACCUGUACUUUUGCUUUUAAAUAUUAAGUAUUCAGACAUGGGAGUAUAAAAUGUCUAUACUGUAUAUUUAUAUAUUAUAUGGACACAAGUGUUUUACUGGGAAAUACGCUACUUGUAUUUUUCAUACGAGCUACAUCCAAGACAUGGAGAACCAAAACUGUGACAUAAAUCUCUAGAUGUCACUUGUGAGGAAAUCGAUGAAUUGUUUUGAUAAAUUUGGGUACUUUUUGUUUUUGAAUGUGUCUAUAUAAUAAAAAGAAAAUCACACGUUGGCUUGAAUAUAUGAAGUUUAUCUUCUCGUGGUGAAAAACUUGCAUUUUUCAUACAAAAUACAUCACGGAUCUGAGUGACAUGUUUCAGUAAUAUUGACUAGGGUUGAGUAGUAUAUCAGAUAUAUUCCAUUCAGCUAGCAUAAUACUGAACGAGUCGAAGACGAGUUCAGUAUCAUGCGAGUUGAAUGGAAUAUAUCUGAUAUACCACAAAAAAAGCCGGCUGAUAUUAUUAUUAUUAUUAUUAUUAUUAUUAUUAUUUUUAUUAUUAUUAUUAUACAUUCCUUUUGGAUGUUCAAGGUAUCUUUCUCUUUCAAAUUUCUCUCAAAAUCUUCCGUAUUUAACGAAGCAAACCUGGUGGCCAUGUUUGUUUACAAAUUGUCAGUCGCUUGCUAGCGUGAAAGUUUUACGUCUCCAACAUGUAAUGUCAUGUUGUCUUGACAACCAUGUAAUAUCGUAAACCAUAUUCAACGCUCAUUGUCCAUUGGGUAGAGUGGCUUAAUACAUGUAGGAUAAGCGAUAUGAUAACAAUAUUGCAUGCUAUCAAACCAAAUGAAUGAAACCUGCUAGAAGGGAAUAGAAUACAUGUUUUUAUUUUAUCCAAAAAAGUGUCCUGUAUGUGUAAUCAUUUCUGAUAUUUCACUCAGAUGACGCCACUCCCAGUGUUUCCUGCUAACUAGAUGCGUGUUGUCAAAAUGGUGAACCGGUUCAAAAUUAAAAUUUUUUUGAUUGACUUGCUUCUUUUUUUAAUGGUUAAUGGAUGUGUCCAUAUAAUAUUAAAAAAAUUAUACGGUGGUGCAAAGGUAUGAAGUUUAUCUGCUGAUACUGGAAAUAUUUGUACUCGUUCGCUUCACUCACUCAUGAAAUAUAUUUUCACCACUCGAAGAUAAACUUCAUACCUUCACACAACCAUGUAAUAUCCUCUGUAUACUGCACUGAAUGACUUUGUGGUGUUUUGCAUUUUUGUACAGUUCCAGUCAGAACUUUGGACACCCUAGAUUGAAUGUUUCAUCUCAUUAUCUCUAGCCGCUUUAUCCUGUCCUACAGGGUCGCAGGCAAGCUGGAGCCUAUCCCAGCUGACUACGGGCGGGGUACACCCUGGACAAGUCGCCAGGUCAUCACAGGGCUGACACAUAGACACAGACAACCAUUCACAGUCACAUUCACACCUACGGUCAAUUUAGGUGGUGUUUACAUUAGACUGUAUCCGUCUCGUUUUCGUCGUGGAUGCACUGUCCGUUCACAUUAAAAUGCCGGGAAACGACUCCACAGGCGGAACAACUUGAAUCCGCCAGGGCCCAUAUAUUCAAUCCAUUACGUAUCUGAUCCGGUGCUGUGUAAACAUUGAGAAACGAGGAUACGCUGUGCUGAGCUCUAGCUGACGUCGUCAUUGGACAAUGUCACUGUGACAUCCACCUUCCUGAUUCGCUGGCGUUGGUCAUGCCACGUACUGACGUCGUCAUUGGACAACAUUACUGUGACAUCCACCUUCCUGAUUCGUUGGCGUUGGUCAUGUGACGCGACUGCUGAAAAACGGCGCGGACUUUCACUUCCUGCUAUUUGUCCCGAAUCACUGCUCGUGCGCUUCACUCGCGCGCUCUGUGAGCUGCGCAGGGCCAGAGUGCGCACCCUCCAGAGGGCACUCGCUGUUCAGGGCGGAGUGAUUUGGAGCGCAGGAUGCCUGCGGAGCUGAGCGUAUCCAUGUAUUGGCGUUGCUGUGUGCACGCGAAUCGUGUAUUGGCGUUGCUGUGUGCACGCGAAUCGUUUUAAAAACGUUAAUCUGAUGAUCCGCUCUAAUGUAAACACCACCUUAGAGUCACCAGUUAACCUAACCUGCAUGUCUUUGGACUGUGGGGGAAACCGGAGCACCCGGAGGAAACCCACGCGGACAACAUGCAAACUCCACACAGAAAGGCCCUCGCCGGCCAUGGGGAUCGAACCCGGACCCUCUUGCUGUGAGGCGGCAGCACUAACCACUACACCACCGUGCCGCCCACUAGAUUGAAUGUAUGUUUUUAAUAUAUAUUAUCUUGGACAUAGUUAUAUAAAGUUUUGUAUAAAUUGUGUUUGUGUUAUUUUAAUAUUUACUAUGAUUUCCUUCUUGGAGUGAAAAUAAACUGCCCUUUUUUAUUGGUACAUACUGGUACUUUUUAAUAUUCUUUAUAAAAAAAAACAUUUCCAGAAAAGUCGGGAUAUUUACCAAAAUGCAAUAAAAACAAAAAUCUGU